AUGGCACUGUCCAAAAGGAGCAGCCUCUCAAAGACCGUGCUAUGUUACCUCCUCCUGAUGGCUCCCCUUUGGAACAUUACCACCACGACGCUCUGUCACGGGUUCAGUUUAAGACGCACAUCCAAGUUAGAAGCAUUUCUAACUCGAAGGGACAGCGCAAAGAAGGGUCUCUCUGACGAACAUCCGCGAAGGAAUAACUUCACGAAGAGGGGCAACACCGUUAUGUACACUAAAAAUGGAAGCCACACACAGAGGAAGAAUCACAACACGAUGUAUGCACAUGGGAAGAAGAAGGGAAAAGACAAAGAGGCGUUACUCCAGGUGCGGGAAAUUCUAAACAGGCAAAUGUCACUCACGGGGAAUGAGCCAGACGAGCAUGACGAUGAGGAUGAUGAGGACGAAGGUGGAGGGGCGAAACGCAAAGGCACCUCUAACUCUCGCGCAGGACAAGAAAGAAACACUCAGAAAAAGCACGCGGGUGCCAUGCCAAAGGGCCCAUCGGGGGAAAAAAGCAAAACGGCAGACCUGUACCUGCGCAAUAAUAUCAAAAUAAAGGCUAGCUUGAAAGAGGAGGAGCAGCAGAAGCGGCAAGCGGACGGUGCUAAACUCGGCAGCGACACGGAAGAGGAACUCCUCUCCAGUGAGGACCCCCUUACGGAAGAUGCCUCUUCAAUGGAAGACACCUCCCCCGAUGAGGAGGACGAACAGGAGGAAGAACCCAUCACAGAAGAAGAUCUAGACACUCUAAACAAAACAUGCGCAGAAAAAAUGGACAACGUGUAUAACUACAUCAAGAAGGAGUCCUACCGAUUUAAUCUGAACAACAUAUCCAACACUAUGUUUGAAAAUGAAAAAAUAAAAAUAAAUGAUAAGACCAUGGUAAUUAAACACAUAAGUCACAUCAAGAAGAAAGAGAAUUUAUUCAUCAUCACUCCAUACGAUCCCUACUACGUUAACUUCAUAUACAAUCACUUCGUGAAGGAAUAUAAAGAACUGAAGUUCUACGUUAAGGACAGGUCGGUGUAUGCACUUGUCCCCCCUCUGUCGGAAAAUCUAAAGAACGAAAUUAGAAUAAAAAUAAAGGAAAAAAUUGAGGACUCCAAGGGGACGUUACGCAAUGUCAGGAAGCAGAUUUUGGCCAAGCUGGAGAAGAUGCGUGGUCGAAUUGGGAAGGACAUUUACUUUGUGCAGAAGAACCAGAUACAGAGUCUCCACGACCAGACGCGCAAGCGGAUUGAAGCCAUCCUCAACGAGCUCCGCUGA